AUGCCUUCAACCUCUCUUUCGGCUGCCAGCAACGGCAACCAGUCUGCCAACGACAACAUUACCCGCUUCAACCCUCCUAGCCGUGUCCUCUCUCCCCUUAACCACGCCCUUUUCCACAACAAGACACGAUGCUUCGUAUAUGGCAUGCAACCCCGAGCCGUGCAGGGCAUGCUCGACUUUGACUUCAUUUGCAAGCGUACCACUCCCUCCGUCGCCGGUAUCAUCUACACUUUCGGUGGCCAGUUCGUCAGCAAGAUGUACUGGGGCACCAGCGAGACCCUUCUCCCUGUCUACCAGGACACCGAGAAGGCCUUCGCCAAGCACCCUGACGUUGACACCGUUGUCAACUUCGCCUCUUCCCGUUCCGUCUACCAGUCCACCAUGGAGUUGAUGCAGUUCCCCCAGAUCCGCUCUAUUGCCAUCAUUGCUGAGGGUGUCCCCGAGCGUCGUGCUCGUGAGAUCCUGGUUGCCGCUCAGGAGAAGGGUAUCACGAUCAUCGGUCCCGCCACCGUCGGUGGUAUCAAGCCUGGUGCGUUCAAGAUCGGUAACACCGGUGGUAUGAUGGACAACAUUGUUGCCUCCAAGCUCUACCGCAAGGGUUCCGUCGGUUACGUCUCCAAGUCCGGUGGUAUGUCCAACGAGUUGAACAACAUUAUCUCCCAGAACACCGACGGUGUCUACGAGGGUGUUGCCAUUGGUGGUGACCGUUACCCCGGUACCACUUUCAUCGACCACUUGCUCCGUUACCAGGCUGAGCCUGAGUGCAAGAUCCUAGUUCUGCUGGGUGAGGUCGGUGGUGUUGAGGAGUACCGCGUGAUCGAGGCCGUCAAGAACGGCAUCAUCACCAAGCCCAUUGUUGCUUGGGCCAUUGGUACUUGCGCUAGCAUGUUCAAGACCGAGGUUCAGUUCGGUCACGCCGGUGCCUCCGCCAACUCUCAGCUUGAGACCGCUGUCUUCAAGAACAAGGCCAUGCGUGAGGCCGGUAUCCACGUUCCCGAGACCUUCGAGGACCUCCCCGAGCUCCUCAAGUCCGUCUACGACGCUGAGGUCCAGAAGGGCGUCAUUGUGCCCGCCGCUGAGCCCGUUGUCCCCAAGAUCCCCAUUGACUACUCUUGGGCCCAGGAGCUGGGUCUCGUCCGUAAGCCCGCUGCCUUCAUCUCCACCAUCUCCGACGACCGUGGCCAGGAGCUGCUCUACGCCGGUAUGCCCAUUUCCGAUGUCUUCCGUGAGGAGAUCGGUAUUGGUGGUGUCAUGUCUCUUCUGUGGUUCCGCCGCCGCCUGCCCACCUACGCCAGCAAGUUCCUGGAGAUGGUUCUCAUGCUUACUGCCGAUCACGGUCCCGCCGUCUCUGGUGCUAUGAACACCAUCAUUACCACCCGUGCCGGUAAGGAUCUGAUCAGUGCUCUGGUCUCUGGUCUGCUGACCAUUGGUUCUCGUUUCGGUGGUGCGCUGGACGGUGCCGCUGAGGAGUUCACCAAGGCCUUUGACCAGGGUCUGAGCCCCCGUGACUUCGUUGACUCUUCCCGUAAGGCCAACAAGCUCAUUCCCGGUAUUGGCCACAAGGUCAAGUCCCGUAACAACCCCGAUCUGCGUGUUGAGCUUGUUAAGGAGUUCGCCAAGAAGCACUUCCCUAACACCAAGCUGCUCGACUACGCUAUUGCCGUUGAGACUGUCACCACCUCCAAGAAGGACAACCUGAUCCUGAACGUCGACGGUUGUGUUGCUGUCUGCUUCGUUGACCUGCUCCGCAACUGCGGUGCUUUCACUCCCGAGGAGGCCGAGGACUACCUGCGCAUGGGUGUCCUUAACGGUCUGUUCGUCCUGGGUCGCUCCAUUGGUCUGAUUGCCCACUACCUCGACCAGAAGCGUCUGCGUACCGGUCUGUACCGUCACCCCUGGGACGACAUCACCUACCUUCUGCCCACUCUCCAGAAGGGUGGUGCCGAGGGCCGUGUCGAGGUCAACCUGUGA